UCUUUCUUUCUCUUUUAAUUUAUUAUGAGCAGCUCAACUCAACAACAAAGCAACUUGAAACAAGCUUUGGUUGCAGGUGCUUGUGCUGGUACUGCUGUAGAUACUGCUUUAUUCCCAUUAGAUACCAUUAAAACUCGUUUACAGUCUCAACAUGGAUUCAUUGCUUCUGGAGGAUUUCGUGGUAUUUACUCUGGUCUAUUGACUGCUGUGAUUGGAAGCGCGCCAGGAGCCUCUUUGUUUUUUGUGACAUAUGAAGCCACCAAACGUUUAUUAGGUGCCACAGUCGACAAUGCACAAUAUGCACCCUUGAUUCAUAUGGCUGCUGCUUCAUGUGGUGAAACGGUGGCCUGUACAGUCCGAGUACCUACUGAAGUCAUUAAACAACGUAUGCAAACCAAACAAUUCACCAAGACAUCAGCAGCUGUCUCAAACGUGUUACGUACUGAAGGUAUUUUGGGUAUGUACCGAGGAUUAUUGUCUACAGUAGCGCGAGAAAUUCCUUUUACAUGUAUUCAGUUCCCUUUAUAUGAAUACUUUAAACGAUCCUAUGCUACUCUCAAGGGACGCAAUACAGAACCUUAUGAGGCUGCAUUGAUGGGAUCCUUAGCUGGUGCUAUUGCUGCUGGUACAACAACACCUUUAGAUGUCUGUAAGACCCGUAUCAUGCUGUCCACAAAGAACCAAACCACUAAGCAAUACGAUGGUAUUAUAUCGACCAUGAGACGCAUUGCAGCUGAAGAAGGUCCACGCGCUUUGUUUUCAGGUAUUGGACCUCGUAUGAUGUGGAUCUCAGUUGGUGGCAGUAUCUUUUUAGGCGUGUAUGAAAAGGCACUUAAAACGUUUGUACAGCUUCGUGUUUUAGACGGAAGAUAUUAGAGAAAAAAAAGAAAAGAAAAAAUUAUACUGCAAUAUAAACCCCCCCCCUCUCUCUCUCUCUCUCUCAUAUAUAUAUAUAUAUAUACUUUUUUUUAUUUUUUAUUUUUUAUUUUUU